AUGGAAGCUCCGCGGGUGGACAAUCAGCUCGAUAUGGAGAAGGAGGAGAAGCGGGUGGUGCGAAAGCUGGAUCUGAUCUUGAUGCCAAUCCUGACGAUCACGCUGGGUUUGCAGUACUACGACAAGGCAGUGCUGGGCAGCGCUGCGGUGUUCGGGAUCCUGCCUGAUCUCGGGCUGAUCGAGACUGUCAACGGCGUAUCAUCGACCACCAAGUACUCGACCGCUACUGCUGCUUUCUAUUAUGGCUACAUCGUUGCCGUGCUCCCCAUGGCCCUGCUCUUCGCCCGCCUGCCCCUCCCGCCCGCCUGUGCCGCCGUCGUCGCCAUCUGGGGCGUCGUCUGCAUCUGUACCGUCGCAUGUUCCAACUACGCCGGCUUUGUCGCUCAGCGCUUCUUCCUGGGUCUGAUUGAAAGUGCGGUCAGUCCGGCGUUUGUGACUGUCACUUGUCUGUGGUAUAAGCCAGAAGAGCAGGCAGUGCGGAUCGGGGUGUGGUAUUCUGCUACCGGGCUCUUCUCUAUGAUAUCUGGUGUGAUCAACUUUGGGAUCGGCCAUAACGAUCUACAGCAGCAGUGGAAAGCGCUCUACUACUUUGCAGGGGCAGUCACCAUCGCCUGGGCAGUCCCCAUUUACUUCCUCCUCCCGGCCUCGCCUCUCCACCCAGGCCGCUUCUUCUCCGAGCGAGAGAAGGAGGUCUUGGCAUACCGGUCCCGCCAGAACCCGUUUGGAAAAGAUCGUCAGCCUUUCAGUCUCCCGCAGUUUGUGGAGGCUGUAUCGGACUGGAAGACUUGGAUGUACCUCCUUAUGGCGACUGCUAUCUAUAUCUGCAAUGGCGCUGUCACAGCCUUCGGGGCGCGCAUCAUUCAAAGCUUUGGAUACUCUUCACUGCAGACGAUCGCACUGGGCAUCCCAGGCGGGUUCUUCACCUGCAUCACGAUCUACUUGUUCACCUAUCUCUCGCAACGAUUCAAGAAUAGCAGGACCUAUAUGCUCCCGAUCUCGUGCGUACCCGUCAUUGUCGGAGCUAUCACCAUCUGGAAAGCUCCGUGGUCACCUACCGCCGGGCCGUUGAUCGGCUACUAUCUCGUUGCUACUUUCGGUGCACCCUAUGUCCUCCUCCUCUCGAUCGCUCAGGCGAAUACUGCCGGGUCCACCAAGAAAGCUACAGUGUCCGGCUUCAUCUUUAUCGGCUACAACGUUGGCAACAUCGUCGCUGCGUACCUCGUCUUCACCCAGGAGGUCACCAUCAAGUACCGCUCGACCUGGAUCGCCGUUAUUGUUUCGAUGGUAGCUGCGAGUCUCAUGUCGCUGGUCCUUCGUUGGGCCUUCAAGCGGGAGAAUAAGAGGCGAGACGCCCUGCCGCCCAACGCGAGCAGAAACUCAGUGGAGGCUCCAGAAGAGAGGGACGAGAAGGAUCUACCGGGGGUAUCGCGCGGCGGAGUGAUGCCGCCCGUGCUGUCGGGAAUGGAGGAUUAUAGGGAUCGGACAGACAGGGAGAUCUCAGAAUUCAGGUACUCGUUGUAA